AUGGUUAAGCCGCUGUCCGUGUUUGCUGCCGCCCUUUUGGCGGCAGUGGCAGAUGCCAAUCCUUAUCCUCCUCCUCACUCCAACGAGGCGUAUUCCCCUCCUUUCUAUCCCUCCCCAUGGAUGGACCCCAAUGCUCCGGGCUGGGAGCAGGCCUAUGCUCAGGCUAAGGAGUUUGUUUCGGGCCUGACUCUCCUGGAGAAGGUCAACCUCACCACUGGUGUUGGUUGGAUGGGUGAGAAGUGUGUUGGAAACGUUGGUACUGUCCCUCGCCUGGGCCUGCGAUCUCUUUGCAUGCAGGAUGGUCCCCUUGGUCUCCGAUUCAACAGGUACAACAGUGCUUUCGCUACUGGCUUGACUGCCGCCGCUAGUUGGAGCAGACACCUUUGGGUUGACCGUGGCACUGCCCUGGGCUCUGAGGCAAAGAACAAGGGUGUUGAUGUUCUUCUUGGACCUGUUGCCGGUCCUCUUGGCCGCAACCCCAACGGAGGCCGUAACGUCGAGGGCUUCGGAAACGAUCCUUACCUCGCCGGUGUGGCUCUUGCCGAUACUGUCACUGGUAUCCAGAAUGCUGGUACCGUGGCCUGCGCCAAGCACUUCCUCCUGAACGAACAGGAGCAUUUCCGCCAAGCCCUGUCGUCCAACGUUGACGACAAGACCAUCCACGAAGUCUACGGCUGGCCUUUCCAGGAUGCUGUCAAGGCUGGUGUUGGCUCCAUCAUGUGCUCAUACAACCAGGUCAACAACUCGUACGCCUGCCAGAACUCCAAGCUCCUCAACGGAUUGCUCAAGGAGGAGUACGGUUUCCAAGGUUUCGUCAUGAGCGAUUGGCAGGCUCAGCACGCUGGUGUCUCGACCGCUGCUGCCGGUCUUGACAUGACCAUGCCUGGUGAUACCCUCUUCAACACCGGUGCGUCUUACUUCGGAAGCAACCUGACCCUUGCCGUCCUCAACGGCACUGUCCCCGAGUGGCGUAUCGAUGACAUGGUCAUGCGUAUCAUGGCCUCCUUCUUCAAGGCUGCCGUCAAUGAGAACUGGGAGAAGGUCAACUACGGUGUCGAUGUCCGUGCUGACCACGCCCACCACAUUCGUGAGGCUGGUGCCAAGGGAACCGUUAUCCUCAAGAACAACGGCAUCCUGCCCCUCAACAAGCCCAAGUUCCUUACCGUCAUCGGUGAGGAUGCUGGCUCCAACCCUGCUGGUCCCAACGGCUGCGGUGACCGCGGCUGUGAUGAUGGCACUCUUGCCAUGGAGUGGGGUUCCGGUACCACCAACUUCCCCUACCUCGUUACCCCUGACGCUGCGAUCCAGUACCAGGCUCUCCAGGAUGGCUCUCGCUACGAGAGCAUCCUGAACAACUACGCCACCUCUGCCAUCCAGUCUCUCGUCAGCCAGCCCGAGGCCAUCGCCAUUGUCUUUGCCAACUCGGACAGUGGUGAGGGUUACCUCCACCCUGAUGGCAAUGAGGGUGACCGCAAGAACAUUACCCUGUGGAAGAACGGCGAUGACCUCAUCAAGACCGUUGCUGCCAACAACGCCAAGACCGUUGUUGUUAUCCACUCGACUGGUCCCGUCAUCCUGAAGGACUACGCCGUCCACCCCAACAUCUCUGCCAUUGUUUGGGCUGGUACCCCCGGUCAGGAGUCUGGUAACUCUCUUGUCGAUAUCCUGUACGGCAAGCAGAGCCCCGGACGUACUCCCUUCACUUGGGGUCCUUCUCUGGAGAGCUACGGCGUUCAGGUCAUGACUACUCCCAACAACGGUAACAACGCUCCUCAGGAUGACUUCACCGAGGGCGCCUUCAUUGACUACCGCUACUUCGACAAGGUGGCUCCCGGCAAGCCUCGCAGCUCUGACAAGGCUCCCACGUACGAGUUCGGCUUCGGACUGUCGUGGUCGACCUUCAAGUUCUCCAACCUCCAGAUCCAAAAGAACAACGCCGGCCCGUUGAACCCCACCACCGGCAAGACCAUUGCUGCUCCCGUCUUGGGCACUUUCAGCAAGAACCUGAAGGACUAUGGUUUCCCCAAGAACAUUCGCCGCAUCAAGGAGUUCAUCUACCCAUACCUGAGCUCCACCAGCUCUGGCCAGGCCGCUUCUGGCGACUCCCACUACGGCCAGACUGCCAAGCAGUUCCUCCCUGCCGGUGCCAACGACGGCAGCCCUCAGCAUCGCUCUCCUUCCUCUGGUGAGCCCGGUGGCAAUCGCCAGCUGUAUGAUGUCAUCUACACCGUUACUGCCACCAUCACCAACACCGGUAAGGUCAUGGACGAUGCUGUUCCCCAGCUGUACCUGAGCCACGGUGGCCCCAACGAGCCCGUCCGGGUUCUGCGUGGCUUUGACCGUAUCGAGCGCAUUGCGCCCGGCCAGAGCGUCACCUUCAAGGCUGACCUGACUCGUCGUGACAUUUCCAACUGGGACACCAAGACUCAGCAGUGGGUUGUCACCAAGUUCCCCAAGACUGUCUACGUCGGCAGCUCUUCGCGCGACCUGCCCCUCAGCGCCCGCCUGUCAUGA